GGUGAAAUCUCCCCUUUAGCAUUUUCACAAAUAAAAUAUAAGUUAUGCAACAUUAGGUGUCAGGCAAAGCUGAUGUGUUACCUAAAUUGUAUAAAACGUUUUCACAUCACGAAGCUUAACAAAACCUAGCCCAUCAGUGGACAAACUGACGAAUCAGAAGCCAACUUCAGUAUCAUGAGCUAGUCGCGGCAGGAAACUAAAUAAUAGGACGAUGGAUGGAGCAUGGAAUGGAACAUUUGUGUAAACUUAACCAUAAUAAACUAUGGACGACCAUCAUUGUGCUUUUUCUCCAAUGGACGUUGAUCCUCCGGACGCAGAUAGAAGCUCUCCGGGUGAUUGGAGGAAACACUACUGUUGUGCUAGGAGAGACCGCUAUCUUACCCUGCAAACUCAUCGACGCCAAGGAGCCCCUCACCCAGAUAUCAUGGCAGAAGAUGACCAGAGGAACACCUCAGAAUAACAACUUCUAUACAAUACAACCUCACGGUGGACAGUUUGUCAACGGACGUGAUGAUCGACUGAAAUUUAUUGGAGACUUUAUUGACAAAAAUGGAUCUCUGCAGUUGUCUGAUGUAACUCUGAUGGAUGAAGGCACUUACACGUGCAUCUUCACUUUGUUCCCCAGUGGUAUCCACAAGACAGAGAUCCCUCUAAAUUUGCUGGUGCCUCCCGUCACAAGCCUGAAGGAUAAUCAGCCCACUUUGGGUAAAGAAGAGGUUCUCCUUGUUACCUGCACGGCUGCUGGCUCCAAACCUCCUGCAGAGGUGAGGUGGCUCACUGGUACUCUGGAAGAAAGUGUGAGGGCAACAACCAGCUCCACCCAGCAUGCCAACGGUACCACGACCACAGUCAGCGAACUCUUUGGAGUACCUUCCAGACAAAUCCUCAAUCAUUCAGUCCAGUGUGUCGUCACCAGUGCAGCCUUGCCGAAAGAAAAUAUCCUGGUCUUCAAUGUACAAGUCCUCUUCGGACCAACUGAAGUGAACAUCAGUAAAACCUCUGAAGACUCGUUUUCAUGUCUGACGGAGGCCAAUCCAAAUCCAACUUUCAAAUGGAUCAGAAUCGGCCAGCCGUUGCCUCAGUCUGUCAGAGAGGAUGGUGCAACGCUACACUUUCCCAGCAUGACCUCUGACCUGAAUGGCCUCUACCAGUGUGAAGCAUCUAACGAUUUAGGAAGCAAAUACGGUCACCUCUACAUGCAUGUGCCUAUAGGAUCCUGCUCUGUUUGUUGGACCUUAUAUGUUCUCUUGAUUUUCCUGAUUGUGGCUGUUGCUGCAGGGUGGUACUGUUAUAAAUCAGGGAAAUUUGUAAGUUUGUUAUCCAGGAUAAGAGGAGACACGCAAGGGGAGAGGAGGGCGGUGCCGACACAUUCCAGCUCGCCUGAAGAGACUCGGAGAGAAGAGAGACCUGUUUGACCUGCAUGAAGCAAAAAGCCGGAAAACAGUUGGACUGCAGCUGACUUGCAGACCUCUCCCUCUAACAUGUGUCAUUCCUGACUCAGCUGGUUAGUAAACAGAUGCAGCUAUAAAGUCUGCUGCUAAUAGCAUAAGCAAUAAUCAACAAAAGCAAGAAAAUGGGGAGCUAGGAUCACAGGCUAUUCAUUUUUAAUCCAAUCCAAUUUCAAGCAAAGAUUGAACCAUCAAAGGUCCUGAAAAGGGGAAGUUUGGUACAGUGACCUUCAUAGUUUUAUCUAUUUAGGAACAUGAUUAACAGCUCUAACUGUCACUGUAUAUCAACUAGCUCCACCCCACCAACAGCUUUAACUGCUGAUAACAGCUAGGGAUUAUGUUAUGAAGCAUGUUUUUAUGCAUCCAGUAAACUAGGUGACUGGCUAGGAAAUAAUUCAUGAGAAAUGUGGAUGGAAAGCUUGAGAAUGUGGAAUGUAAACAUAUCUAAAUAUUUUAGGUGACUGAGGCUGAACACAUUGCAAAUAAAGAGAACAGAUGCAAAGAGAAAAAACUACAAUUUUUCUUUAAUUUCAGUGCUUCUGAACUGGCUCAUAUGUUUCUAAAAUGUUGUUUCGACUCUCUUGGCCACUGUAGAAUAUAUAUUUAAACAGAACGAUCUGAAAUAGACGAUUAAAUUAAUGACUAAAUGAUUCCAGGAUUUGGAGACACAUUGUGCUUAAAUGUCACAGGACUAUAGAAGUUUAAGUAUGUUUGAAAGUGUUCCAAGUAUUUUGGUGAUAUUAUUUGUUUUUUGCUUUGGUUGUUCAAUUAUUAGAAUGUUGCCACCAGAUUUUUCAUUGAUUCACAUUAUACAUGGUCAUUUAUGUGUUAGGUGUGCUCACAUUACAGUCUCUAUCCAAUGUUAUGACCAGGUUUACACAUCAUAUUUAUUCCCAUAUUUUCCGCUUUUAAUCUACAUUUUAGUGUAAUUCUAUUGUCUCAUUUUUCCAUUUAAUUUUCUCAUGAGUUAUUCCCUGAGGCGCAUUUUAUUUUCCAGUGUUUACGAUACCACAACAGUCGUUGAUUGGGCAAUAUAACAGUACAUGGACUUACACUAGCACUCAAAAGUUUGCAGUAACAAAAAAUGUCUGUGUCAUUUCCCUGAAAACAAACAUUUUUAAUCAUGAAAUAAGUUUAAAAAUGAAUCGAAAAUAUAGUUAAGACACUGACAAGGGGAGAAAUUCUAAUUUAAACCUGUACAAAUCUCUAAUUUUACCUCCAGACACUCAACUAGCCUGAGGAAGGAUCAUAGUAGUGCUUCUCAAAUCAGCACAAAACAGCUCAGGUCUUUUAAUAAUCAAUCAGCCUUUCAACACUUCACGUGGAUUAACACAAUGUGCCACUGAAACACAGUGAUGUUGCUGACAAUAUACAACAGAUAUUCCAUAAGAAAAUCAGUUGUUCCAGCUUUAACAGUCAUUUACUACAUUAACAAUGUCUAGACUGUAUGUCCUUUUAAUUCAAACAUUUUUUUUUUUGCUUUUCUUUCAAAAAUAAGGACAUUUCUAUGUGACCCCAAACUUUGAGGUAGUGUAUGCGUGUCCUAUGUAAUGUUACUUUUGCCAAGCCCCUUACAGAACGUAAUGAAGGACUUACUUAAACCUCAAUGUUUUAAAUUAUCUGCUGAAGUCGAUGCCUGUCUGCACACUGCUCUGAACAUAAACAAUCAGUGCUGUUAGCUGCUGAAAGCAUUAUAUAUUACAACAGCUGGGAUAUUCUACUACUACUGGUCGCUAUCAUAUUUAGGUAAAAAACAAAAUAGUAUGCUCUAUUUAAAAACUUCCUCCUAUAGCAGCGUAUGUUCCUCAUCACUUAUCGCGUGUCACAUGUUCUUUGUUUUUGUUCCCUAAUGUUAUGUUUUGUAAUAACAAUGUCAGCCAAGGUGUCUUUUAUCUUUCCACCAUCAGUGUUUAGCACCUGUCAUCUGUGUUGUUCUGGGUGAACAGUGAACACACUGAGGACAGAUUGUAGUCAGCAAAAAAUGAUUUUAUCACGUACGUGUUCAGUGAAGGUCAAAAUGAAGUGUUUACCUGCCAAAGGUGACUGUGUUUACCUACAGUGCACAGAAAAGCAAUUAGAAUGUAAAAAGUUGCACUGCUCCUUUAUUUCCAAAAUCUAACUGCAGUCCUGUUAGUGGUCCUUCUGUCUGUUACCAACUUUGCUGACUGAUCUGGGGAAAAACACACAUCCAGGGCCACAGCAGUGAUAUGGAGGUUUAGACUAUGGCUCUAUCCCAAAGUCAAGGAUCCUUCCUUCGGAUUCGGGUCCUCCAAAGGCGAGGCCAGAGUCCUUCCUAUCACUGGUACAACGCACAAAUGGAACAGCCUUCAGUGUGCAGGUGUGGGUCAUUGAGUAACUGGACGGUCCUGCUUAAAUUCAGCACCGCAAUUUCAAAAUCAGUUCAUGACAUAGAUAUGACUUUAGCAUCAGCACUCUGACACAUAUUUGUGGAAAUGGAUGAAGAUGCUUUAAGGUUGAAUUUACAUGAUUUAGCAAGUAAAAGCCACAAAGUGGAUUAAGCUUGAAUAUUUCACUGAUUCUGGCUGUAUUUGGCCGCUACUUCGUUUCAUAAAAGCAGUGGUGCAUAACUCACCAUGGAGAUGUGUUCUGUGAUGCUUUUUUAAAUUUUACAGUACAGUACUAUUAGUGCAGCAGAUAACCAAAACAAUCGUUCAGUUUGUGAUAAAAGCCUGAAAUUUGGUACACAUAUAGCCAAAGGCAUACCGAAAAGAUUUGGAUAUGGAGGCAUCAUGAAUUUUCAACAUGGCGCCCAUGGCAGCCAUUUUUCAAAAUGGCCACCAGCAACGCCUGUUUUCUUAUGAGUGACAGACAUAAUGUGAUAUUUUAGACAUAUUUACCAUAUAUUGUACUUGGUAAAUGUCUAUAGGAUAAUUGAAAAGUAUCAUUUCAUAUUCAAGAUGGCCGCCAUUUCCCAAGAUGGCAGCCGUCACUUGUAUGAUGGUCUGAUAUGUAUGAUUUCGGUGUCAAAUCAGUCAUCGUUUAUGAUGCAGAAUUCAAAUUCUGAACUUAAAAUUGGCCGGAAGCAUCCUUCUACCUCACAACUGAACAUGACUACUGUUUCUCUCAAAAUGGUAGCCCAUAUCUGCAAGAACUGAACCAUUCAAUGAAUGGAAAUGUAAUAGAGUGGAUGUCAAAGCACAGCCAGGGCACACUGACACCACUGUUGUGAAACUCAGCACGGGGUUCAGUGCCAGCUAAAUACACUCCUCUAGUCUUAAUAAUGCCAUAUUUCUGUAAUGUGCUGGUUGUGGUGAUAGUUUAGUGGUAGUGUAGUUUAGUUUCCUAAAUGCUAUCUAAUGUUAGCCCCACAUCUACUUAAUAGUUUAUUAAUUUAGAUGUAGUUAGAUAGGGGUGGAAACUUAGAUGAAUUCUUUCGACACGAGAACCAACCGUGUCCAUGUCUGAUGGGGGAGGUCUCCGACUGGGACAGAAGAGUGAUCUGCUUCCAUGCCUGGAACAAGUUCACAGUGCGUACUCAGAAAGUCCAAAGGUUACCUGUACCAUUGUAGAUGGGGCAGCCAUCAUCCAGAUGCUGAAACCAAGUUCAGUAAAAACCUUCAAUGACUAUGCCCAUGGGAUCUUCAUUCCAUAUCUGACCAGAAAACUUGAAAGUGUGUCCAGGCUUGAUCUGGUGUGGGACCGCUACUUGUCUGAAUCUCUGAAAGCUGCUACAAGAGCAAAGCGUGGAACUGGGAUUCAGAGACAUGUGGUAGGUGAUGUAGCCAUUCUCAGGAACUGGCCAAACUUUCUCAGAGUUGACAGCGAUAAGACAGAAUUGUUUGCCUUUCUCUCAAAAGCUCUGCUCACAUCGUUACUGCAGGAGGACAAACAGCUUGUUAUCACUAGUGACAUAGAAGUCCUUAGCAAGCCACCACUCCCAGAUAGGUCUUCGAUUGCUCCUUGUACACAUGAGGAAGCCGAUAGUCGCAUGUUAUUACAUGUAGCCCAUGCAGCAAGAAAUGGCCAUCAUAAGAUCAUGAUUCAAACAGUUGAUACUGAUGUUGUGGUGCUAGCUGUGGCAGUGGCUCAGACUCUACAACCAGAAGACGAGCUUUGGUUGGCUUUCGGAACUGGAAAGAGUUUCUGAUACUUAGCAGCCCAUGAAAUUGCAGCAGGGCUAGGACCUGAGAAAGCACGUGCGCUACCACUGUUCCAUGCAGUGACCGGUUGCGACACUGUGUCAAGCUUUGUUGGCCAUGGGAAAAAGACUGCGUGGUCUGUAUGGACUGUGUUUCCUGAACUUACGCAUGCCCUGUUGAAACUGUCUUCAGCCCCAACUGAGAUACCACAAGAGGUAAUGGCCACAAUUGAGAGGUUUAUUAUCCUACUCUAUGACCGAACCAGCACAUGCACAGAAAUAGAUACGGCAAGAAGGAAGUUAUUCGCCAAGAGGCACAAUGUAGAAUCAAUCCCUCCGACCAAGGCUGCCCUGGAAGAGCAUGUCAAGAGAGCAGUAUACCAAGGAGGUCAUGUGUGGGUCAAGUGCUGGUGUCAACACCAGAACUACCUUCACCGUGCAAAUGGGGUUGGUCAAAGACAUCUGAGGGAGACUAUGAACCCUUCUGGACAUGCCUACCAGAUGCAGGCCAGUCCAGUUAUGAACUUGUCUCUUGCAAAUGUAAGAAGGGUUGUGUUGGGCAUUGCAAGUGCAAAAAAGAUCAUUUGCAAUGCACUGCCCUCUGCUUCUGUGAAGGCGAAUGUGAAUAGUCUUCCUUGUGAUAGACCCUAGAUUUGGCCUCACUUAACAUAUGUCUUGUGAGAUAGAGCAAAUAUUCUCAGAAAUUCUACAUUUGCUAAUUCAAAUUAUGCAUCAAGAAAAAUGUAUAAUUCGACACAGAGUUUAUGCGUAUCUAACCAGUCUGGAAACAAUUGCGGCCAUUUAGAAUUUUUAAUGAAAAUGUCUGAUCCAAAAAACACAUUAGCAAGCACUUAUGGUAAUUAAUUAAUCAAAUUCUGUGUACAAUGUCACAUUAUAUCCAUCACUCAUAAGAAAACUGUUGUUUCUGGUGGCCAUUUUGAAAAAUGGCUGCCAUGGGCGCCAUGUUGAAAAUUCAUGAUGCCUCCAUAUCCAAAUCUUUUCGGUAUGCCUUUGGCAAUAUAUCUACCAAAUUUCAUGCUUUUAUCACAAACUGAAUGAUUCUUAUACAUAUUGGAGUUAAGCUGCUGGACUAUAUAACAAUAAUUAUAAUUAUAUAUUAUUAUAAAUAAAAAUAAUAACAAUAAUGGAUAAUAGCAGACUGUCGGUCCCUGUUGACACAAUAAACAAAUGUAUUGCUUUCUGAAUGGCAUAGCUACGUAUACUUUGCAGGUAGUACAUCAUCAGACUGAUACGUAUAUGUAAAUUAACAAUUUAUAACUUUAGCGACUGAGACGGCAUCAAUCAACUUAAUUGUCAAUGUAUCAAGAUGAUGUUUAUUCUUUUUUUAGCAAAAUAUUCUGGCAUUUGUUUGUACAUAUGUUUUGCUUGACUUUGAACACAAGUUUUGUACCAAAUAUUCAGUGUAAACUGAAAAUAUGUAUAUAUUUAAAUUCUUCAUGUGCCGCCGGUGUCGGCCCUUCCUUGCUCGAAAUUCUUAAAUCUCCAGGUAGACCCGGUGUGCAUAAGGCUUUAUGGGUGCGCGGGGCGCAUGGAGGAUAGACACAUGCAUCCUUGGAAUUUGGGCAAAAGAAGGACUCUGUCCUUAGGAGGAUCCUGGACAUUUGGGCGGUCCUUCGGCAGAUGUCGAUGACGUAGCAUCCUUCAAAUUCAGCUGUUCGAGGAUCCUUCCUUGACUUUUGGAUACAGCCACAGUCUCAUUCUUAGCUCAGUACAGAGAACCAUGUGUUAGUUAAAGCUAAGAGUCUACAGCCUUGCUAGCAGCUCUGUAAGUGUGUACUUGAUGUUAAUGUCAGUGUGCUAACAUGUUAUUAUGAUGUUUUCUCUGAUGUAAUGUUUACCAUGUUGGACAUCUUGGUCUGUCUGGUGAAUAUGCUAACAUUGGAUAAUCUGCAGUAAACACAAUGGAUAAAGUGUACUGCGCUGUGCUGUAUAAAUGUGUAGGGCUCCUUCAAUUCAGUUUGGCAAAUUUGGGGAAAGAAAGGGGCCACUUUUGAGCCCUGAAAAUAGUAGCACAUAAAGGGGAGAAUAAAAAAAAAAACCUCACUGAGAAAUGGGGGAAGACUGUUUUUAAAGGGAUAGUUUGGGUUUUUUGAAGUGAGGUUGUAUGAGGUACUUACCCACAGUCAACUAUUACCAGUAGAUGAUGGUCUGUGUGUUCCCAGUUUGGAGAACCAGACAUACAGGAAACAGACUGCAGACGGGACCUGGCACAAAACAUAUAUUACAACCACCUAAACAAAGGCCCACCCUAAAAAUGUCAUACCCGUUUAUGUGUACGCUUUUUUUUGUUAAACAUUUGUACUACGGUUAAGAGAAAGUAGUGCCAAAUGAAACAGCUGUGGAUAGCAAUAAAAAUCGUUGGACAUAUCAUUAAUGUAGCAUACACACAAACGGGUAUAACAUUUUUAGGGUGGGCCUUUGUUUAGGUGGUUGUAAUACGUUGUGACAGUCCCCGUCUGCAGUCUGUUUCCUGCCUGGAGCAAGUUCUCCAAACUGGGAGCACGCAGACCAUCAGCUACUACAUGUAAGUAUCUCAUACAACCUCACUUCACUAAUACAAUAUCUAAACUAUCCCUUUUAGUCUUACUAUAAAAAUAUUUAAUCAAAAUAAGCCUUGGGGAAAAAACACCUGUUUUCAAAAAUAGAAAAAAUAUUUUGAAAAAAAAGUACCGGUAAAAAAAAUUUGAAAAAAGUUGCAGGAAAUCAUUUCUUUGAACUGCUUAUUGCACCUGAGUUCGGAUAAGCACUUAAGGAGAAUGAGUCUGAGUUCUGCGCAUCAUAAUAGUCACACGCUAUUAUUGUCAGGACUAUUCACUCUGAAUCAAAAUAAUGGAGGAAAUGUUAAGGGACCACUGAAGUUGUUAGGAUUAUCAGAUGUCUCUACCAUGUGUUGAUCCAUGGAGCAGACCAUAAAAGUGUGGAAAUAAUCAUGACAUUUCAACUACCAAGUAGUGUAAUGACCAAUUCACUGAUCCUAGAUCUAUAAUAGAAAUAGUCCUAGUCCUGAGAUUAGCCGUGUUUCCUUUAGGGGGAAGAGUGGCCACCGGGAAAGUCUCAGGCCACACCCUCUCAAAUGUCCACUCACUCGCGUGUCUCCAUUAAAAAAAGGGCCCCAGAGGGAUUUAAGAGACUCCAGAGGUGACGUAUGGUUUUCCAUCCUCGCGAUGGAUAAGGGAGACGCAACCGUGGCCCAACGUCACCAGCUGAGCAUAAAGAAAGCAGCAUGGCUAAUUAUGCACAGCGUCUCCGCUGAUCAUAAACAUAGUGGCUGUGAAUUAACUGGCAUCGCUAACUGUGCACAGAGUGUCCGGUGCUUGUUAUAAGCAAACAGAGAUCGCUAAGUGAACGCCUCCUGUAGCAGCAGCACAUACACACUGUACUGCCACAGCGCUAACUGUUUGCCUAUUAGCAAUUUGCAGACUGGACGCUAAGGGGUUAACAUCCCCUCCGGCUCCAGCUGCAGCUGGGAGAGGGACAAAUUAGGGGCGUUUCGGCGAGUGAGACCCGCCUUAUUCUGGGUAUUGGGCUGUAGUGGAAACACCCUUAUUAUUUAUUAGUCCAUAACUUUCUGUCAUAUUUUCUCAAAUUCAUCUUUCUUAGCUUUAGCUACAUAAUGCAUAAUGCUUUGUAAUAAUGGUGUGUAUUUUUACUUUAUAGCUGAAAUCUACGGAGCCCCCCAGGGGACACGGGGGGAAAAAAAAGAUGGGUGAAAAAAAAAAAGGACGGACUUUUGCGAGAUUCCGAGAUACUUUUGCGAGAUCCCGAGAUACUUUUGCGAGAUCCCGAGAUACUUUUGCGAGAUCCCGAGAUACUUUUGCGAGAUCCCGAGAUACUUUUGCGAGAUCCCGAGAUACUGACGAAAGAAGAGGAGCAAUGGAGGAGCGAUACUCGCCUAUUUUCCGGCGUUCUAACUGGAAUAGCGUCACGAAACCGCACCAAUUUCCCCCAGGAUGGUUUUAUUUUGUACAGAAAACUAAGACUGACAUUUCACAGGCUUGAUCAACUCACCAAAAUCAGCGAGUCUGGCGAAAGAUUAAAGUAACCGGGCCGAAUAUACGUCCUAGUGCCCAACGGCAGUGCUUAGGGACCGUCGCAAAAGUGCAACGUCUUUCUUUUCUAUUUUUAAUAACUCACUGGAAAUUCAUCUAAUAAACACCAAACGACUUCUGAUGUGUUCAUGAACUCAUUGUGGACUUCCCACACCCUUUAUUUUCAAUAUCCUGUUAUAAUGUUUAAUCAAUGGCAACUUGACAAGACAGUAAACACAAACCUCAAAUCAACAAGUUAGCCUCGUUCUCUCAGUCGCAUCUUAAUGCCAAUUGUCAAAAACUUCAGAGAGAACAUUUAAUCAAGCAACAUACUCAAUUUAUACUCGCAUACUAACUUUUUGAUCUUUAUCUCUUUUAUGAAGUGAAGAAAGUUUUACAAAAUGCAACAUGUUUUUGUGUCUGCGAAAAAGCUUUAUGUAGCACAAAACGUGUGUCAAACACAUUUAAAUUAAUAUAUUAUUUUGAUUUUGAUUUUAAAUGAGCAAAUAAAUCUGAGAAGAAAAAACAUUAUUUAAUGUUGUAAAACAUAAUUUUACAAUGGGGAACUCCACCGAUUUUACAAUGUAGGUGUUGAUGUGGGAAAGUACCGUAUGUGAAAACUUUUUUACUGCUCCCAUGUGGCUACAGAGGGAGCUGAGGGAUUUGUAUGCAGACACUGUAUAUAAAGAUGGACGACUUGUGGUCUUAAUAUACAAAACUGAAGCCAUAAUAUCUCGGAUAUAGGCGCUGCUAUCCUGCAUUGGUGACAUCAUUUGAAGCAAAAGCGUAUAAAGGUCUCACCUACGCACCCACCCGACCAAUCACGAGUCAGUGACAGCUAUCAGUCAUGAUGUCACACCCCCUUUUUAUAGCCUCAAAUAACUAAUUAGAGCAAAACUUAUCAGGAAAACACUUGAACGUACCUUAAAUGACAGAAACCGUCUUUGGAAGAAAAAAAUAUUUUUUUAAUUUUUAAUGAAGUUUUGGCUUAGCAACAUGUGGGAGUGGGUUAAUAAUCAUAACCGCAGCCAGCCACUAGGGGCAAUUGAGAUGUUUUGGCUUCACCUUUAGGGAGCUGUCAUGUCUUCAUCUUUAUACACUUUACAGUAUAUGUUGUAUAAAGGAUAUCUACAGAAGGUGAUUUUUUUUAUUAUCUUGUGCCCACAAGUUCUUAUCUUGUAAAGCAAGAUUAUAUCUUGUGCCCACAAGAUAAUUCACACAAGUACUUUUUUGUGUGUACAAGUUGAAAAUAUCACCUCCCGAGCCUUGAGGGGCACUGUAGGUAUCCAGUACUAAUGCAGCACAGUGAGACAGUCAGACUCUUUUUUUCUGAUCUGCAAAUUAGCGCCACUAGCUGUCCAACUGGCUCGUACUGAAGAAGUAAAAAGGUCUUUUUUCAUUCAUUAGUGCAGCUUAUUAAAUCAUUUUAUGUAGUGUUUUAUUGUGUGUUUGACUUAACAUUUUACUGUUUCAGUUGCUGUUUAUGGUAUACAUUUAAUUCUUUAAUAAUUUAUUUACAACCCAAAAUCCCCAAAAGUUCUGACACUGUAUAAAAAAUAGACUGCAUGAAACAUUAGAAUGAGUGCAUAUAUUUACAGAAACAAAAGGGUCACAGUUUAAGCAUUAAAUUUCUUUGUAUUGUUUUUAGCUGCAUUUAGGUUGCAAAGGAUUUUAAAUCACUAAAUUCUGUUAUUAUGUCCACAGUGUCUUGCCUUUUUUGUAAUGGGUGUUGUAUAUGUGCUUUAUUUUGCAGUAAUGUUUGGUAUUUUGUUAAUUUAGUUUUCAUAGAAGUGAGUGGUUUGUUUGUAGUGUGUGUAGUGCUUCUGACUGAAAAAAUUCCUUAUUUUAUUUCAUUUUAUAUCUUUGUACUUUUUAAUUAUCUCUGUUGCUGGCAGGAAAAGUAUUGAUCUUUCUUAUCGCUUUGCACUGCAAUUAAAUCUGAAAAAACAUGA